AUGGCGACCGGCUACAACUUGUGCAAAUGGGGCACUUGCCUACUGACCGUCACUCUAGGUACUGGGUCUGCAAUGGCCCGCACUGAUAUCGCAAGUUGGCACGGACUCAGAGGUAGCCAAAUUCAGUCAAAGAUCGUGCUGGAGGGCGGUAUCAUGACGAACGGCACCUUCAGUAACGGUGUAUGGUCUGGUAAUGCCAUAGCACAGCAUUCCUAUGGCGUAUAUUACCAGAUUGAUCUUACCAAAUCUUUUGAUGCCACUAAUCAACACACGGACGAAUACAUGAUUCCUGGACUCUCGCAAUCAUCGAACACGCAAGCACCAAACUACAUCGCUGGUGGUUUAUUUCAGAAUGACUAUCAAUUCUAUACUUUCGGUGGGUUGGCGGAUCGACUACCAAUCGGUCUAUCGACAGUCACACUCUUCAACGUCUUCCCUUCCAAUCCGUCGGUCUCGCGAUUCGAUCAAGGCGUCAGUCCAAAUCAGCAAACCGAGGGUGUAUCCGACAAUGUUACUAGUGGCGCAUAUGCGAGUGCACCAGAUCAAGGCUUAGGAUUCUAUUUCAGCGGUAUGGUUGGUGCAGGUCGUGGCGCACUGGAAUACAACAGUGGUGACGAGGACGACAAUCACCCUACAAUCACGUCUCCGACUUUUAUCAAGGUCGACAUGACUAUCCCGAACGAUGCAAAAUUCGAGUAUUUGAACUGGCCCACUGGUUUGACUCCACGAGCAGAAGGAGCAUUGGUUUGGCUUCCUUACGGUAGCAAGGGUGUUCUUGUUACGAUUGGCGGUGUCGAAGUUCCUGGUAAUCUUUUCCUUACACCCCCAAAGAUCACAGAAGGUGGUCCAUUCAUGACCGAAUUGGCGAUCUAUGACAUCGAUGCUGAUACCUGGCAUAUCCAACAAACACUUGGUACAGGCGAGGAGCCGGCUCAGCUUGCAAGCUUCUGUACUGCUGUGGUACCAACGCAGGAUAGGCGAUCGCAUGAGAUCUUCGUUUAUGGUGGCUAUGAUGGAACAUACACCAGCACUAACCCCAACGUUCGAGAUGAUGUCUGGGUGCUUUCAAUUCCUGCUUUCCAGUGGACCAAGGUCAAAUCAGCAGUCAACAGCAACACUCACGGUCGCCAGGGAAGUGUUUGCUUUGCGCCGAAUCCAUCGACGCUGAUCACCAUUGGUGGGACAGGUGAAAGCGGAGGUAGGCUUGCCUCAGACACUAUCAUCGACGUGCUUGACUUGAGUACGUUGGAGUGGACUGGCAAAUUCGAUGCGUCCUCAGAUGUACCGUUCCUUUUGCCAGCUGCUAUUGUGACGCAGCUUAAGUACCCCAGCGCAGCUGGACCCGGUGAGAACGUGCAGGUGACCGGGCUCAACAGCACCCUCAAUGACCUAUUCUCGACACCUUACCAAGGUGAAGUCAAAACAUACUACCCGUUCACCAGCAGUACCUCGUCUAAUAACACUGGUGGAGCUCAGGUCCAGUCAGGCCCAGACGACGGUUGGAAAACGCCGGUCAUUGCCACUCUAUGUACAGUCAUCCCAAUUGCGAUCCUUGCUACCGUCCUGUUCUUCUGUUUCCGAAAGCACCGCAAGGAUCGGCAAGGCGUCGAAAGGACACAGUGCAGUCGAAAGAAUGUCUUCUCGUGGCUUAGCAAGUCGGCUCAUAUUGAUCCUGAGGCCGAGAAGUCCAACUCUUCUGGCGAUACUGCUAUUGAGAGCAACCCGGACUACUUCGCUCAAAAAGCUGCGAAUGCCACGGUCCACGAAGCACCGAGUGCUGUCACGUCUCCUGGGUGGAACAACGCUGGUACUGCAGCAGGAUCCCACGAGCGAUAUGAGAUCAUGGAUCAAGACCGACCUGAUCAACGCCAAUCCAUAUCGACGGCGACGGCGACGGCGCGUAGUCCACCAUUCUCUCCACGGUCUGUCUCCCAGGAUCACGUCGUACCAGCCACUGCUCCUUCACGAUUCUCCGAGGGUUUCGCAUCUCCACAACAAGAGCCAACGAGGAUAGCAUAUGAGCUGCCAAACCAGAGAAGUGAAGAAGAUCUGUCAAACUGCCAGAAUGAUGUUACAGGUUCUAGUCGAGGUUCACAUGACGAGAGAAACACUAUGGCCGUGUCCUCGGUAACCAGCGAGCAAGGCUUGCCGUCCUCGGAGCUCAGCACCUCUUCGCCGUCUCAGACACCAGGCUCUCCCGGACGUCCAGGCCAUCGCCGCAAUAUAUUGAGCUUAAGCAGUGAAAUACCAAGUCUGUUGGCUCCCGAACUAGACGAAGAUAUGCGCAGGUCAAGGCAAAUUGAUAUUCUUCCAGAAAUACCAGCUUCGCCUCUAUCGACAGAUGGUGGAGCAAAGGAUGAGGAGCAGCGCCAGGAGUCAGCAGGAUCUGGCACAGUCCCUAAAGAAGUCUUACGGCCAGCAAAAAGACACUGA